AUGAGAAGCAACCCAGAGCUGUCACUGCUGGCAUUAAUGGCCGUGUGCGUCCUGAUUCUGACGUCACGCCAAAUUGAAGCGCAAGAAGAAGAAUUGAGAGGGGAGGCACUGAUCAACAAGGUAUGCGAGAAAACGCCAUCGAAGGAUGUUUGCGCAGAAACACUAAAGAAAGACCCGAGAAGCCAGACGGGAGGGCUAAAAGAGAUGGCGUUGAUAUCAGUUCAGGCCGCCAAGGACAACGCAACAGAUAUAAUAAGUCACCUGAAGGUGCUGGUGGUCGAUGACAGUCUGUCGCCGGAUGUCCAACAGGGCAUGUCGGAUUGCUUGGAUGUACUGGGAGACGCACAAGAGCAGCUUAACACAGCGACGGCGGCCAUGCUGGUGAAGAUCGGAGAGGACGCCGAAAAAUGGCUGCAGGCGGCGGUGGACGCGGUGUCUACCUGUGAGGGUUACCUCCACGGAGAUGAUCAUCUCCUGUUGCACAAGGAGGACAACUUCCGUCUCAUGUGCAACAUUUCCUUGUCCAUCUGCAAGGCCUUGGACAACAACCAAGUUUAG